GUCGCGGACUAUGCCGCGGACAGACAGCAACAACAAAAAAGGGUCCGGGUUUUUAGCUAAUAUCGUUCUUUAAAUAGUUUGAAUAUGUAUUUACUUGUUCGGUUUCAAUGUACCAUCACAGUGCAGCUGUAGUUUAACCAAACAAUCUCAGCUGGGACACGCGAUGGAGAGUGAAUAUUUCUAAGAUAAAAAAUAAUAAGUACGUUAAGUUGAAUCGGAUAGCUAGCUCAUGAUAGCUGAAUAAUCGUUGCUGGGCACCAGUCUUUUCGUUUACCGAUACUUCCAACUCUGCACGUUCCCUUUGUUGUUACGACCGAGCUUGCUAACUGCUCAAUUUAAUAAUUUACCUAGCUAAUUUACACCCGCCUACUGUUUUUAUCUACGAGAAAGGAAACGGGCAUGGCGGAAUUUCUCGAAAAUCCGUCAGUUCUCACGAAGGAUAAACUCAAAAGUGAGCUCACGGCCAACAAUGUGCCGCUUCCCGUCUCCGAGCAGAAGAAACAUGUAUAUGUUCAAUUGUACUUGAAGAACUUGACCGUUCUGAACCAGAAAAGUCCACUUACAGACAUGUUCUCCAGUGAUGAAGAACUACCUACCCCUAUAGUCUCCAACAAGAGUCUUUCUGGAAGAAAAGCCACCAGGACUGACAAGCCUCGGUCAGAAGAAGUGAAGAUGACAGACCUUACAGAUGCAGGCUUAAAACAUGAGCUGUUGAAGCAUGGAGUCAAUAUUGGACCCAUAGUUGGCUGCACUCGCAUUCUUUAUGAGAAGAAGCAACUGGAUACACCUGCCCCUGAGGCUACCCCUAGCCUAUCCGAGACUGCCACAGUUACCGCUGCAGCAGUCAAGUCAGACGGCAACCAGAACGGCAACACACUCUCUGACCAGUACAGUGACAAGGAGGAAGAUGAGAUUACAGCUGCUCCUGAACCAGAGCCAGCUGCUGUUGUGGAGAAGUCUGUGAUGAGCAGAGGGAAGACUCCUGUCACCAUCAGGACCAGCAGCAGACGGAGCAACAAGGUGGUGGAUGAGAGUCUAGCAACUGGUGACCAGACCCCUAAGAAGACGGGGAAGAAUGUUGAGGAGAUUCUCGCGAAUGAGAUCCUUUCACCCAUAGGCAUCAGCGCCACAUGCAGGAGAUCGAUCCAUGGUGCGGCUGGCCGACCGGUGAAACCCAGCAACUAUUGGCUGAACAAGUCUCUCCUGGAGCGCUCCAUCUACACAGAGUCUCACUCUGAGUGCAGCUCCCUGGGCUCAGAACGGGCCAGGCCAGGAUUCCUCUCUGUCCUACUAAAGCUCAUGGUGCUCAUCACUGUAGCCGGUUCCAUCUACUUCGUCAUCCAGCACCUUGAUGCAGAUCAGGUCCAGUCCGUCAAGGGUUUGAUAAACGACGCCAUGGGUCACCUGUAUAGCACGGUUGAUAAGGUGGUAGAUGCCGUGGUCGAUAAUGUGAUUGUGCCUCUCGGCAUCGGGGCCAGCAGCAGCCAAAGUGCAGGAGCUGAGGGUGGAGGCAAGUAAGCAAUACACCUACUCCACCCUGCUCUCUUUUAUUAUAAUUCUUUCUAUUAUUUUACCAGGGUGUCCAAUUGAGGUCAAAAGACCCCCCUUCAUCUGGUCACCAAACCCAUCUUCAUCUAUUUAUACAUGGUUGACCAUCUUGGAGGACUGACUGACAUUUAAUCUGGGCUGGUAGACUGUCUCACCCUGUCCCUUCCUUGUUCACUUCUCCUCGUCCCCGCUAAGGAGAGAAAGGAAGGGCAUUCAACCUAACCAACGUAAGCUUCUUGUAAAACAAACCAGCACUGUCUUGUCAUGACAGUCUGAAUAGACUUGUUUUUAUUAAGUUGUUUUUAAUCAUAGUGUGAAGUGCAUUUUGUGUAUUCUUUGUGUGUAUUUUUCACUUAUGUGUGUAGAUAGAACUCCCAUGUGAUAUUGCGAGGACAGGUCACAUGCAUGGUUGUAGUUUUUGCAGGACAUGGUUGUAGUUUUCGGGGUGUCUGUUGUGCCAGGCACACUGUUAGAACUUGCAUAGUGCCAGGGUUGAGGUCAAUUCCAGUCAAUUCAGAAAGUAAACCAAAUUCCAAAGGUUCCUCAUAAAAAACUUUGGAGAGAAUGAGAAAUGGAGUGCACUUCCUGAAUUGAAAUGGAACUGACCCCAACCCUGCUACUGAUUACGGAAAUAUCUACAAGUAUUUCUGUAUGGAUUUUGAAUAUACACUGUAGUAUUAAUAAUAGAGAUAUGUAGAAUACUGUUUUUAAACUAUGAAUUGAAUGGUGCUCAGGUCUAUUCUAAUUUGCUCUAAGUUAAUUGGAUCACUGCUGCGAGGAGUCAUAAUACUGUCCAAUAGUGUUAAAUAAGGUUUUGUCACUGAAUGAGGAGAAGCCCUUUUUCAUGCUAUAAACUAUGAGUUUGAUUGCUAAAACUAUUAGUUGUCUUUAAACUGCUCGUUUAGAGCCAUCAGUACAUUGAAAAGCUGUUGGGGAGAUGAACUGCAGUAAGUAAGCCUGGUCCCAGAUCUGUAUGUGCUAUCUUGCCAACUCUCUUGGUCAUUGUCAGGAGGAGUUGGCAAGACAGCAAAAGCAGAUUUGGGACCUGUCUAGCAGUAAGUGGUCUGGUAGUUGAAUGGCUCAUCAGUCUGUGAUGACCAAAUCCCAGUAUAGCUUUGUGUGAGUUUGUGUUUCAGCUAUAGUGCUUUGUUGCUCUGAAGAUUCAAGAUCCUUCAGUCCUAUCUAAAGGGCAUGCUCACCGUAGCAAAAAGUUUUGAAACAGGAAAACACAAGUGGGUAGUCCUUAUUGGACAAAUAUUCUCUGAUUCUGUGUUUUUUUCCAUGUGGUGCCGAAUGAACACGACCUAGGACUGGCUGUCUUUAUAUUUAGUGCAUCCACACAGCCCUUCUUAAUGGUUCCAUACAUACUGCUACGGAUCUUGGAAGAAUUAUAUUUUUGCUAAAUAAAGUUGAGCAAGUAAAUGGCUCAUGAUCCUAUUCUAAUUUUAAUGAGUCAAAAACUCAAAUAGAGUUUGCCUCUUGUAUAAUUCAUCUUGAUAGCAGAGGUAAUAUUAAUGGGGACAAUAAUUACCCGAGGAGACUAAUGACAAAAGUGAUAGCCACUUAACUUAUGUUGACCACUUACUGACAUUCACUUGUAAAGAAGUUGACAUGUUCGUCCACACUGUUUGAAAAAAAAGAAGAAAAAGCCGUUUUUUAUUUUGUUCCGUAUUUUUCAAAUGUGAAUUGUGAACUUUUUUAUUAUUUUAUUGUAGAAAAAUAAAGUACCAUAGGUGAAAGUAGGAUGUCGCUUUUUUUUAUAUGCUAAAUCUGAACCUCUGUUUACUUGUUACGCAAGUGAAUAUAUUAAAGAUGAAAUGUUUUUGACUUUGAUCAAGCAGCUAGCUUCCCAAGCAAGGAUGAAAGUAUAUUGUGGGGUUAAGGUUUUUUUAUCUGUUUUUAUUUCUAAUAGAUAAUAUCAUUAAAUAAAUGUGGUAAGUCAAUUCUC